AUGCGUCCGGCGUGGCACUCGGAGUUUCCCAUGCCUUGGGGAGGAAGGCAACGCCGUGUAUUGGCCAAUCAAGCCUGGCAUCAUACCCAAUGUUUUCCCUUUCCCAUAUCAGUCAGUCAAUGGGCAUCUGAGGAAGAGCUCUUUGACAGGGAAACAAAAAUUGCCGAUAAGAGGAUGCAGGCUCGCCCGGCGCUGGGGCUCAGGACGGCGGUAACCGGUGGAAUCAAGGCCAUAUUUGCUGCCUUCCCGGGAACCAAAAACUACUCGGACGACUCAAAUUCAACGACAGAGCCUACGGAUUCUUCAAUUCUUGUUCUGCGAGACGCUGCAAAACGCACCCGCGUGUGGAGAUUCUCAGCAAAUGGCAUCCCUAGCUUGGAUCCCAGUCCGAGGAUUGUUCCUCUCUCCUCCAGACCAGUGCGACAUGCCGCAAUUUGCGCUGUUCUGACCAGACUUCUGAAACUCUGCUGUUCUCUGCGAUCGCCGCUCCGAUCGCGUCGCGACGAGCCGAUUGUUUGGAUUCUACAAGUUGUGUUAAUCUGGUCGGCCCCCGGGCUUCUUUCAUCUCCCGAUUCUUCUGUCUUACUUCGGAUAAUUAAACCACUUGAGUCCUCGGAAUUGAAACAGACGUGGGAUCGUCAUCCAAAGAUUGGGCUGCAAGUGUUUCAACUUCGAAUUCCACUGGCUUUGACAAAAUAUGAAUUCUCUCAAUCGAUAUUGGCAAGAUUGGGAGACAAAGGCAUGUUGCGCAAGUCCAUAGCCAAAGCCUUCGGCCCACCUCCCAAGUUCCCAUCUUGCUUUGCAAUCAAAACGCAUAAAGAAUGGGCUUUCAAAAACCCGUAG